ACCCUGCAGCCACCUCUAGGGGGGAGGUAACCCCAUUACAGCCUGCUCAGUGCUCCAUGGGACAGACGGAGCAACUCAGCUGUAAGAAGGAAACAGGGACCACCUUAGCUAUAUCCCCCUAUUAACUCUCAUCUCCCACCAUAGAAAUCCCUCCUUCUCUGCAUCCCAGAUCAGCUGCACGAUACCCUCAGUGAUGUAACUUUUCCUGCGUGCACAUGGACACUUCUCUGUUUUGGAUCUGCCUUGUUUUUUUCUGCAAACGGAAAUAGGAUUUUUUUUUUUUGGAGGACUAAAUUCCUGAGGUCCCGACUCUUUACAUCACAAGGGAAGUUUGACGUUUUUUUUCAUGCAAUCAGCAAAAUACAUUUUCUGCCUUUUCUACGUGGUAUAACUAUUAUUUUUAAUGGAGAACAAAAAGUGGAAGACACGUUGGAUUAUUUAGCGUAUUUUUGUUAUAUUUUGCACUAUGGAGAUUUGGAGGAUCCGGGAUAUUUAUUGUUUAUAUAGGGUUUUAAACUGAUCCAACCAAAUAGAAAUCGGAAUUCUACAACUAAAGUGCUUCUGGCACUAAAUAUAAUACUUCUUUAAAGGCUUGAGGUCUCCUUCCUGUGACAUCAUGGCACUAAAAGCCAGAGCACUUUACAGUUUCCAGAGUGAGAACAAAGAAGAGAUAGAUAUCUUGGAGAAUGAAGAACUGCACCUCUUCAGUGACGUGUCAGUGGAUGGUUGGCUUCAAGGCACAAACAGUCAAGGUCAGACCGGACUCUUCCCAGCAUCCUAUGUGGAGAUACUUCAACCACGUUCAACUUCUGUCCAUGUAGAUUACCCUGCACAUCAUUCUGGAUACACAGAAGCCACCCAUCAAGGGAGUUAUGAUGAUGAUGAGGAAGAGGAUGAUGACUGGGAUGACUGGGAUGAUGAUCAGUCCGUGGCAGAAGAACCAAAUGGUUCUAAUGGGAUCCCACACAGCCAGCCUCAGUACUCCCAUUACUCUAGAGCCCAGCAAGUGCAACGCCCAAGGCCUCCACUAGAGCGCCAGGACAGUUUAGCCAGUGCAAAGAGAGGGAGUGUGGUUGGGAGGAAUCUGAACAGAUUUUCCAGUUUUGUAAGAUCUGGGGUGGAGGCUUUCAUAUUGGGGGAUGUUCCCCAGCUUACCAGGGUCUCUGAGAACCAUGUGAUAGAGAUGGGAACCAAGGGACCACAGUGGAGUCCAAAUCCUCAUCCUUUUAAUUGUUCUGUGGAAGAACCCACAAAACAAACCAAAUUUAAAGGGAUUAAAAGUUACAUCUCAUACAGACUGACCCCUGGCCAUACCAACUCUCAGGUUUACAGGCGCUACAAACAUUUUGACUGGCUCUACAAUCGUCUAUUGCACAAAUUCACAGUCAUUUCUGUACCCCAUCUGCCAGAGAAACAGGCUACAGGUCGCUUUGAAGAGGACUUUAUCCAGAAGCGCAAGCGCCGGCUAGUAUUAUGGAUGGACCACAUGACCAGCCACCCAGUUCUUUCACAGUAUGAUGGCUUUCAGCAUUUUUUGAGCUGUCAAGAUGAAAAGCAAUGGAAGGCCGGCAAGCGGAGGGCAGAGAGGGAUGAGAUGGUUGGUGCCAGUUUUUUAUUAACCCUUCAGAUACCUUCAGAUCAUCAAGACCUCCAGGAUGUAGAGGAGCGAGUGGACAUCUUCAAGGCUUUCUCCAAGAAGAUGGAUGAAAGUGUUCUACAGUUGAGUGGCGUGGUGUCAGAACUGGCACGUAAGCACCUUGGAGGCUUUCGCAAGGAGUUCCAGAGACUGGGUGGAGCCCUGCAGGGUCUCAGCUACUCCUUCCAGAUGGACCCUCCAUACAGCACAGAGCCACUUAUAGGGGCCAUUUCUCAUACUGGGCACACUUAUGAGACAGUAGGAGAGAUGUUUGCUGAGCAGCCCAAGAAUGACCAGUUCAGGCUUCUGGAUACUCUGUCCCUAUAUCAGGGACUACUUUCAAACUUUCCAGAUAUCAUUCAUUUACAAAAAGGAGCAUUUGCCAAGGUGAAGGACAGCCAGCGAAUGAGCGACGAAGGACGCAUGGAACAGGAUGAGGCAGAUGGCAUUCGGAAGCGUUGCCGUGUGGUUGGCUUUGCACUGCAAGCAGAAAUUAACCACUUCCACCAGAGGAGGCUGCUGGAUUUCAAACAAGCUAUCCAGCACUACUUGAGGGAGCAAAUUCUAUUUUACCGAAGAGUAAGCGACGAGCUGGAGAAGACUCUGCGCAUGUAUGAUAAUCUGUGACAUUGGAUGUUGGGAAUUAACUUGGCCGCAGUUGUACAAACACUAUGCAAUGUUCUAUUCCACGUGUAUAUCACAAUGCCUUUUUUAAAACCAGAAGACACCAGAAUCGUUGUUCUAAUGGUGGUGUUUUUGUUAACGCUUCCCCCUUAGGAAGUGCCAUUUCUAAGUUUGGGAGAGAUGAUCGUAAAACAGGAUUUCCUCACGUAGCCUUUUUAGGAUCAUAGGACUGUAAGAUUCAAGUGCAGCCGGGACUGUUGGGAGUGAAUCUUUUAUCAGUGGGUGUGUAGAGUAAAAACUGUAUUUUUAAAGGGUGCUGCUGUGUUACAAUAAGAAAUCAAAGCUUUAUCUUGUGUUUAGGUGGAGGUGAUAUAGUAGAAGGUUGGGAUGCCCAGCAGAAGGGGUAUUUGAGGUUUGUGAAUCAUGAUCCUUAUGUUUUGGAACAGGGUAUUUUUCCAACCUCAAGCUAAGCACCACGUUCACUAAAAAUAUAUUUUACUUUUUUUAAAAUGUAAAAUAAAUCUAAAUUUAUAUACAAAUAAUGGAUUCAUCAUAACAGAUUUUGUAAUUUGUCUUUUUUCUUUUUUUUUUUUUUAAAUCCUCAUCACCGUCAUCCUUUUUAUAAAAGAACAAAGGAAUAUAUUUUAUUAAAGGGAAGCAAAAAAUCAAACUACAUGACUUUUAUCUUCUUCAGCAAAUUCCUUUACUGUGUUUUUCCAGUCUGGAAAAUUAUUUCUAAAGCAAAACACACAGACAAGACAUGGAUGUCUGAUUCCUUUAGCAUUCCAAGCUGCAAGCUGUUGACAAUAUGUCCUGAUAAAAUGCUGUAGAUAGAAAAAAUGUUUCAUAUUUAGAGAAAAAUAAUAAAGUUUAAAUGUUAUUUUAUGAGAGCUUAGUGCAAUGUUAGCUUUUCUCUGCCCCUUUCUGUACUUUAUAUUUUGUUAGGAACAAGGCCCAGUGUCUGCAAAAGAGUAAAUCAUUCCUGGUUUAUUCCCACUUUUUCCAACAGACAGUGCUGAGUUUCUUUAAAUACAGAAUACAAACGAUUUUGUCAGUGCUAAUAUUUGCUUUUCCUCGUCUCAGAGUGCAAUCUGUAUAAGUUCUCUAGCAAGAGAUGAGCAGCUAUAUUUGCUUGUGGUUUCAGUGUUUUAUAAACCCUCUCUGGCUACGGUGCACCCUCUCUUGAAGCCAGAGUAUGUUGCCUAAUCUGUUGGAUAUGGUGAAAGCUGUAACCCAAGAGGUGAGGAGUCUAUGUGUCACGCACAGGGUGGAGUGUGGUUCUCUGUGUUUGCAUAGAUCUGUCAUACACACUUUCUGAGUGCCCUGGAGGGUAUGAUGUAAUACAGCAGGAAUGAGAUACAUUCAGCAAGGCAGUGGCAAGUAAUCCUGCUACCCAACAGGACAAAACUUUAAACUCACACAUUAGCAGACUGCCGCUAUGAACAUAAUGUAGGGCUUUGGUACUCCAGGCCCAAUAAGUGGAAUUAGGAAGAAGUGUAAAAAGGAUUGUAGGUGAGAAAAAAGGAGCAACUGGGAAAAUGGAUGAUAUGCGUGUGUGUGCAGGUGAAUGUCUUAGCAUUAGUAAAAGAAUACUAUGUGCAGAGGCAGAAUUGCAUUAUAGAGAAUAGUGAGGGGAGACAAGGCUUUGCUGGAGACUGUGUUAAUGAAUAACUUUAUUAGGGAAGGCUACUGUAUAUGAAGAGAGAGGUGCUGUAAUAAAGGAACUGUUUGUAUUGAGGGAGAACCUUAAGAACAUAUACUGUGUACAACACUAAAGAUACUGUAGCUACACCAAACAGGUUGGUAGAGUUACCGGAAUGGCUGCUUAUGUUACCCCAUAAGGGCACAUCUUACUGGUCACACAACAAAACAUGUUUUAUAGGUGCUUGUGUUAGGGGGGGGAGUGUUUUGUAUGUAAAAGUAAAGUAAAAGAAUUUGCAUUUUCUUGUGUUCAGUAUGGGACACCCUUCCGUGAUUCAGAGAAGAUUUGUGGGGAUUAAAGGGGCAUGAACCCAAUUUUUUUCUUUCAUGAUUCAGAUAGUGCAUGUGAUGAUUUUGAACAAUUUUCCAAUGUACUGCACAUAUAUGCCUCAUGUUUCUGACUCACCCAAUGCAUUCACCUAGCUACCAGUAGUGUUUUGUUGCUUUACCAACAAAGGAUACCAAGAAAAUGAAGAAAAUUAGACAACCGAAAGUUGUUGAAAAAAUAGAAAAAUGUUGGGUUUUAUGUCCCUUUAAGGGUCACCUGUGUCUCCUAGACCACAACUUGCCUUCCAAUUAUUUAAUUUAUAGGGAGAGCUUCAUUAGUAGAGAUACUGUAGGUACACAAAUUGCUACAUUUGCAAAUAAUCCUGUAGAAAUAUUUGUAUAUUAUAGUUUAAUUUGUUCAUGUCCUUUUUAAGUCUUAAUAAAUAAUAAACUUAUUUAGUUAAA